CAUCGUCUGGUCUGUGUUGAACUGAUGCACGAGCGCGCACACACGCACGCGCUGCUCGGCCGCGAUAAAGGCUCGCGCAGGAGGAGUGUCACGGCGUUAGUGACGUCAGGCGCCGCGCGUGCGAUUAUUUUGAACGGGGGUCAAGAUGGCGGAGGAGAGCAGCUUAAAGCACCGGAAUCACACCGGACAGAACUGCACCGGCAGCCGCUAUCACGAAGGGGUCCCUGGGGCCGAGGACGUCCGGCGGAAGAUGAGCUCCUCUGACCGGGCCCCGGAGCCGGAGCCGUCUGGACCCGUGCAGGUGGUCGUCGCAGACGAGGAGAAUCACGAGUUCAGUCUGGACGAGGAGGUUCUGGAGAGGAUCCUGCUGCAGGAGCGGGUCCGGGAUCUUCACGUGGUCGUGGUGUCCGUGGCUGGAGCCUUCCGUAAGGGCAAGUCCUUCCUGCUGGACUUCAUGCUCCGAUACAUGUACAGCCAGGGCUCGGACGCGUGGCUGGGCGGGAGAGACGAGCCGCUGACCGGCUUCACCUGGAGAGGAGGCUGUGAGCGAGAGACCACCGGCAUUCAGGCCUGGAGCCAUGUGUUCGAGGUGGAGAAACCAGACGGCAGCAGGGUGGCCGUGCUGCUCCUGGACACUCAGGGAGCGUUUGACAGUCAGUCCACCAUCAGAGACUGUGCCACCCUGUUCGCCCUCAGCACCAUGACCAGCUCUGUUCAGGUCUAUAACUUGUCCCAAAACGUUCAAGAAGACGAUCUGCAGCAUCUUCAGCUCUUCACAGAGUACGGCCGACUAGCCAUGGAGGAGAUCUACCUGAAACCCUUCCAGUCGCUGAUGUUCCUUAUCCGGGACUGGAGUUACCCGUACGAGCACUCUUACGGUCUGGACGGGGGAAAGAAGUUCCUGGAGAAGAGGCUGCAGGUCAAGCAGAAUCAGCACGAAGAGCUGCAGAACGUCAGGAAGCACAUCCACUCCUGCUUCUCCAGCAUCAGCUGCUUCCUGCUGCCUCACCCCGGCCUCAAGGUGGCCACCAACCCCCGCUUCGACGGCCGCUUACGAGACAUUGACGAGGAGUUCAAGACGGAGCUGGUGAAUCUGGUGCCGCUGCUCUUGUCUCCUGAGAAUCUGGUGGAGAAGGAGAUCAGCGGCUCUAAAGUCACGUGUCGAGAUCUGCUGCAGUAUUUCAGAGCCUACAUGAAGAUCUAUCAGGGUGAAGAGCUGCCUCAUCCCAAGUCCAUGCUACAGGCCACGGCUGAAGCUAAUAACCUGGCGUCGGUGGCAGGAGCUAAAGACACGUACAGCAGGAGCAUGGAGCAGGUGUGUGGCGGGGACCGGCCCUACAUGGCCCCGGCGGACCUGGAGCGCAGUCACGAGGAGCUGAAGCGGAGCUGUGUGGGUCAGUUCCGGGGCGUGAAGAAGAUGGGCGGAGAGGAGUUCUGCCGGCGCUAUCAGGAGCAGCUGGAGCAGGAGAUCGACGCAGGCCUGUUUCUCUCAGCCAGCCCAAACACAAACAACUAUCAGCACGGAAAGAACAUUUUCUUCGCGGCGCGGACGCCGGCCACGCUCUUUGCUGUGAUGUUCGUGAUGUACGUGUCGUCGGUGCUGACCGGCUUCGUGGGCCUGAGCUCGGCCGCGGCGCUCUGUAAUCUUCUGAUGGGGCUGGCGCUGACGGCGCUCUGCGUCUGGGCUUACGUCAAAUACUCAGGGGAGUUCAGAGAGGUGGGCUGCUUCAUCGACCGGCUGGCAGAGACGCUCUGGGAGCAGAGGACGCCGCGGAAGGUCUUUUCCAAACUGUUCGAGGUCGCGCGGAGCAAAGUGACGCUGAGCGCCGUGAUUCCAGCGCAGAGACAGAGACUGUCCUCAAACAACAACAUCAAGAAGAGGAACUAGCCUCACGCUAACGCUGAGGAUUCUGGGGUUUCACGGGCUCUUUCACCAGGUGUCCUCUUUCUCCUGUCCUUUCUUCUGUCCGUCUCAUCUGUGCUCAUGGAGAAGCGUUCGGACUCGCUGACGUCUCUGUCCUCCGCCGGACGCUCAGAGCGGAUCACGCUCCUCCAGAGGACCUCGUUGAGAACGCUGAACUGUACAGAUGAACUUCCUGUGCUUCAUCAUUCCAUCCAUCCUGUCUCCAGCACAGACCAGGGUUUUUAAACUGCUGUGUGUGGUGUGUGUGUGUGUGUGUGUGAGAGAGAGAGUGUGUGACGCUGUAGCAGGAGAAAACACGGAUCAUCUUCAUCUGCAGGAAUGAUGCUGGGAUUCGUGCCCAUGUCUGAGAGAAACACACACACAUAAUCAUGCAGCGCAACACACACACACACACACACACACCCACACACUCACCCACAUAAACACUCAUGCAGCGCACUCAUACAAACAUACUCUACUGACACACACUCACAUAAACCUACUCAUGCAGUGCAACACACAGUCUCACACACUCACACACACAAACACAUACCCCUAAACAUACAUUGC